UCAAGGAAAGGAUACUUCAUAUUUCAUACUUGUAUCUUUUUGAUUGACUAUUAACGCCAUAUAGCAUAAGAUACAUUCUGGUAUGUUUUUCCAUAAAGAAAAGAACUCCUUCACUCUCAAGAAACUUCUUACCAAUGACUCCUCUAUAUUGCUAUCUAUAAAACAGAAAACCAUAGUCGUUCUUUUCAACAUUUACCUGCAAUCUUUCACCAGUACAAAAUCCUAAUUUGUAGUAUGCUAAAUUACGUUCAAUUUGCUCGGAUUGAUCUCUCAAUUGUUUUAUAUGCUACCUUUCAACGGUUCAAUUUGUGCACAUUGCUUGACUGUCAUCACCUCCUGCCUUCCACCAGUAUAAAUAUCUGGUAACUCGGUUUAUUGGAGUUAAAUCCAUAUAACUCAAAGAAUCUUGCUAAAUUAGGUUCUUGAGAUGGGGAAUUGUGUGUUCAAGGGGUUUGGUUUUGGUGAAGUUGAUCAAGAAGAAGAAAAUAAUAAGAUGAUGAUAAAAGUGGUGACUUCUAAUGGUGGCAUCAUGGAGCUAUAUGCACCCAUCACAGCCCAUUGCAUCACUAAUGAAUUUCCAGGCCAUGCCAUUUAUCAUAGCCAUGACAUGUUCACUCCACCACUUUUUCCUAAUGAGGAACUUCAUGCUGGUGAAUCAUACUAUCUCCUUCCUCUAUUAAACCAUCCUAUUAUUAGAUCCAAAAGAGGAAUAAUAAGAGAUGAAAAAGAAGAAAAAAGUGAUGAUGAUAUCACUACUUGUAAUAGUAGUAGUAGAAGCAAUUUACCUCAACCAACACCUUAUAGGAUGUCAUUUGAUAAUCAAAGGAUGCUCAAGAGAUCACAAGCUGAGGUUUUUCCUACCUACAAUAGUACAGGUGUGUGGAAAGUGAAAUUACUUAUUAGCCCUGAACAAUUGUCAGAGAUUUUGUCACAUGAGGCACGUACAGAGGCACUAAUAGAGAGUGUUAGGACAGUGGCCAAAUGUGGUUCUGGGGCUUCUUCUAUGACUAAUGCUCAUUCAGACAAAUGGAGUUAUAGCACUAAUUAAUAAUAAUAAUAAUAAUAAUUAUUGGAAGACAGCCACCCCUAUCUGAGUACUCUUCAUGUUGUGGUACAUUGUUAUUUUCCGAAUUCGAAUUCUAUUAGAUACAAAGUCAUUUUUAUUAGAUAGCAUUUUAUUUUUAAU